CAUUAGUUGUUCUGACAAAGGCUACUUAAGGCAGCUGGUUGUAUGUAUAACUACCUUAACUGUCUGCAUGAGCGCACAUAAGUACAUGUGCUUACUUAUGCCUCAGUACACACUAAUUGCGCAACAAACCUACAUAUUUGCGAGCUGGCUUAGAUUUUGACAAAUGUGUUUUGGUAAUCACUCUAAGAUGGAAGGCUCUACAUGGAAACUCGCCGUCUUUGCCCUGUUAGUUAUUGGAUCCAUUGCUGAAACUGUUGCUAGAAGCUGCGAAGACAUAAGUGCAAGAUGUGAAAGCUUUAAAAAUAACAAUGACUUGAACUGUAAUUAUUACUGGGAGAAAUCAUUUUGCAAGAAGACAUGCAAUUUAUGCACUGACAACGGAGAUGCUGAAAAGACUGGUCCAUUCCUAGAUCAGCUACAGACCAAUGCAGAAGAGAAACGCGAAGAAUCAGAAGUUUGUGAGGACGAGAGUCCUCUCUGUCUUAAAGCCAAGAACGAUAACCGUCUGGACUGUAGAUCUUACCAGGCGAGAUUUUGCAAGAAGACGUGCAACAUUUGCGGCGAUGGUGGGACUGUUUGUCUGGACAGUCCUGGCUGUCUUAAAGCCAUGAAUGAGGAUCGUCUGGACUGUAGAUCUUCUUUGGCGAAACGAGUUUGCAAGAAGUCAUGCAACACUUGCGGCUAUGAUGGGACUGUUUGUGAGGACGAGAGUCCUCUCUGUCUUAAAGCCAAGAUCAAUAACCGUCUUGACUGUAGAUCUUCUAUGGCGAAACGAGUUUGCAAGAAGUCAUGCAACACUUGCGGCGAUGGCGGGACUGUUUGUGAUGACGAGAGUCCUAACUGUCUUAAAGCAAAGAACGAGAACCGUCUGGACUGUAGAUCUUACAGGGCGAAACGAGUUUGCAAGAAGUCAUGCGACAUUUGUAGCGAUGGUGGGAUUGUUUGUAAGGACGAGAGUCCUAACUGUCUUACAGCCAAGAACGAUAACCGUCUGGACUGUAGAUCUUACAAGGCGAGAUUUUGCAAAAAGACCUGUAACAUUUGCGUCAAUGGGGGGACUGGAUAAGUGUAGACGCGAUGACUAGUGUUUCUCCGACCUGGAUAUGACAAAAUGGUGCUUCGAAACGCAUCAUAGCUGAUAUUUAGUGACAAUCCAAAACUUCAACUGAUCGCCUCCAUAAUACGAUAUAACUGAUUUUUAUAUGUAUUAAAUUCAAUUAAAUUGUUCCAAUAAAAAGCUUUCAUUUUGAAUUCCGUGGAUUAUUCUUUCUUCCCUAGUUGUCCAUAUACAGCCCAAUCCUGACAAAUACUAACUAAACUAAUUCUCAUGUACAGUCAUACCAGGCAUCCAACAAUUGAUUAGGACCAAUGUGUGUUGCAAAACAGAGAAAACACCAACAUAUAUUGCAAAAAACAGAAAGACCAUAUGUAUUGGAAAACACUGAAAGAUCAAAAAAUAUUGCAAAACAAUGAAAUACAAAACAUACAUUGUAAAACACAGAAAGACCAAGGUGUGUUGCAAAACACGGAAAGAUCAAAAAGUAUUGCAUAUCACUGGAGACCAAAAUGUAUUGCAAAACAUAGAAAG